AUGGGAGUGGGGUUCUCAAAGGUGUUAACACACAAAUCAGACCAUGAAAUUCCAAUUUCUUCCCCAGAUACCGGUCCUCAACUCACCUACAAACAACCUCGCAAAAACCUCCCCAUUCCACGUCCACUUCCUCCUCCCAUGCCAACCGAAUGUUCUUCACAAACAAGACCUGUUCUGGGGAGACCUUACGUUAAAAUAAAGCACAUGUACGAGAUGAAGGAAGAGCUCGGAAGAGGUAAGUUUGGUGUGACUUAUCUGUGUGUAGAGAAGGCCACAGGAAUUGCGUAUGCAUGCAAAUCCAUAGCAAAGAAGAGGCCACAAGAAGAUGAGAAUGUUAGAAGAGAGGUUAUGAUUCUGCAGCAUCUUUCGGGGCAACAUAACAUAGUGGAAUUCAAGGGAGCUUUUGAGGACAGGGAGAUGGUACAUCUCGUGAUGGAGUUGUGCAGUGGAGGUGAACUCUUUGACCGUAUUAUUGCGAAAGGGAGACACUCGGAGCGUGAAGCAGCCACAGUGAUGAGACAGAUUGUGAGGAUUGUUGACGUGUGCCAUUUCAUGGGUGUGGUGCAUCGAGACCUCAAGCCCGAGAAUUUCUUGUUCGCCACCAAGGACGAGCUUGCCUCUUUGAAACUCACGGAUUUUGGAUCCUCUGUCUUCUUUCACAAAGGUUAUUACAGCUUUCAUGCAUAUCCAUGUUCUUUACUUAUUAUCAGCUUUUUUGAAGUGUUCUUUCGCACUUUGCUUUUGUCUAGGAGUUAG